CGUACCUGUUUUAGUAUCAGCAAAUUUCACGCGAACAUGCCUCCCAUUCCAGGAGAACACUGGAAAUUCUACUAUAUUUUAAUUUGUUUCUUUGCCUUCAACUCGCUUCAAAUGUCAUUGUUUUUUGUUUUGUCAGAAGGGGUUCUAUCUUCUUGUAACCCCCCGGUUCGAAAAAGCGCGUUCCAGCCCUUCGAUCGUUUUUUGAUUCAACCCCCCCUUCCUUGCAACAUUGGCUGGAAGCAACGCGACAGAGCUGACUAAGGAUCCUGCGCAGUUGGACAAAAUGAUUCAUUCCAAGAAUGGGCCACGUGAUUGCAUUGCAGAAUACUUUUCCUGCAACCCACAGCAGCUGUCAAUUUUGAAUUAUCAUACUUGAUUAGACGGGGUUACUGAAGAUUCGUUCCAUAGGAUAUCUCAUGCGCUAUAAUUCCCUGUAAGGUAUGAUAAUACUGUAGCUGGAUAUAUGAAAACCUUGUAAGCGCAACUUUAUUUUAUUAGGGGGGAAUAUAGAAGCAAACCACAAUCAUCUCCAGACUAGAAACAAAUAGCUGCAUCCCUUUUUUACCUCAAAAGAGUUUAGCAUCAUCCCUUUUUAUCAUUCACGGUCAUGUUACACAGUCUUCUGUCGCAAUCAAUUCCCGCCGAGGUCAUGUUAAAGUCUUUUAAUACAGUUGUAGCCUAGCCAAAUCAUCUCACAAAAGGAA